CCGCGCGCACGACCCCCGCUGGGCCCAGCCUGGGGGCAGCCUCUGGGACCCGAGCCCCCCGCGCGGACGGUCCGCGGGCCCGGAGCCCCGCCGUGACCUUGCGGGCCUGUCUCUUGCCCGGCUUCGUUCCCCGCCUCGGAAGCCCUUCCCAGCCGCUGCGUCACUCAUUUCCAUGCGGGUCUGAAGUUGGGGGCCCCUCUUCGUCCCCCGGGCCCUGCUGGUCUCGGCGUCCUAACCGCUGCGGAGAUUCCCGUCUGGCUCCGUAGCCUUGACCUGGUGGCUGCGCCUCAGUUAUCCCUUAAGCACGAUGCCAGCGCCCACCCCGGGGGUUCUGGUGACCUGUGAGUACGGCAUGGUGCGUGUGGUCUCUGAGACGGGGGGCCCCAAAGGCAAGGACUACUGCAUCCUUUACAACCCACAGUGGGCACACCUGCCACACGACCUCGGCAAGGCGUCUCUCCUACAGCUGCGGGACUGGACGGCCUCCAUGCUCUGCUCCCCGUCGGACCUCCCGGCCAAAGGCUUUAGCAACCAGAUCCCUCUGGUGACGCGGGGGAACUGCACCUUCUACGAGAAAGUGCGACUGGCCCAGGGCAGCGGGGCACGCGGGCUGCUCAUCGUCAGCAAGGAGACCCUGGUCCCCCCAGGAGGCAACAAGACACAGUAUGAGGAGAUUGGCAUUCCCGUGGCCCUGCUCAGCCACAAAGACAUGGUGGAUAUUUUCAAGAGUUUUGGCCGAGCGGUGAGGGCAGCACUGUACGCCCCCAACGAGCCUCUGUUGGACUACAACAUGGUCAUCAUCUUCAUCAUGGCCGUGGGCACCGUCGCCCUCGGGGGCUACUGGGCCGGGAGCCGGGACGUGAGGAAAAGGUACAUGAAGCACAAGCGGGACGACGGGCCCGAGAAACAGGAGGACGAGGCCGUGGACGUGACGCCCGUCAUGACCUGCGUCUUCGUGGUCAUGUGCUGCUCUAUGCUGGUGCUUCUGUACUAUUUCUACGACCAUCUGGUCUACGUCAUCAUUGGGAUUUUCUGCCUGGCCUCCUCCACUGGCCUCUACAGCUGCCUUUCACCAUUGGUCCAAAGGCUGCCGUUUGGCAAAUGCAGGGUCCCCGACAACAACCUGCCCUACUUCCACAAGCGCCCUCAGGUCCGCAUGCUGCUCCUAGCGCUGUUCUGUGUGGCCGUCAGCGUGGUGUGGGGUGUUUUCCGGAACGAGGACCAGUGGGCCUGGAUCCUUCAGGACGCGCUGGGCAUUGCCUUCUGUCUCUACAUGCUGAAAACCAUCCGCCUCCCCACUUUCAAGGCCUGUACACUGCUGCUGCUCGUGCUGUUCGUCUAUGACGUCUUCUUCGUGUUCAUCACGCCCUUCCUGACCAAGAGCGGGAACAGCAUCAUGGUAGAGGUGGCGACUGGUCCCACGGACUCAGCCACGCAUGAGAAGCUGCCCAUGGUCCUGAAGGUGCCCAGGCUGAACACCUCGCCACUGGCCCUAUGUGACCGGCCCUUCUCCCUCCUCGGAUUCGGGGACAUCCUGGUCCCAGGGCUGCUCGUGGCAUACUGCCACAGGUUCGACAUCCAGGUACAGUCAUCCAGGAUCUACUUCGUGGCCUGCACCAUUGCCUAUGGCAUCGGCCUCCUGGUGACGUUCAUGGCCCUGGCCCUCAUGCAGCGCGGCCAGCCAGCCCUCCUCUACUUGGUGCCCUGCACACUGACGACCAGCGGCGCCCUGGCCCUGUGGCGCCGGGAGCUGGGCAUGUUCUGGACGGGCAGCGGCUUUGCGAAGGACAUACCUCAGCCUUCUUGGGCACCGGCCGCAGCUCAGGGCCCACAGCCUCCAAAAGAGUCCGAGGCCACGCUGUCCCAACAGCCUCCGGGUGAAGCACAGGUCAUGCCUGCCCUGCCUGCCGAGCAGCCUCCAGAACUGACCAAGCCCAAGGACAUAGCUGCCGCACCUGGACCCCAGCCCUGCUCCCAGCUCACGUGGCUGCUGCACGCCCCUCGGACCACCGACGUUGCCGUCCCAUGACUCCAGCCCCGUCAUCUUUCUGGUGGGAGUCUCUUGGUGGAAUCUCAGAAGGGGCAGGAAGUGUCACCUCACCCGCCGAUGGCUGCAGACCCGCCACAUUGGUGCUUAGCCACACGGCUGCUUCCUCCAGGUCCCCUAAAGACACCUUGCCCUGGGCAGGGGGGCGAGGUGUCUGCCCCGAAGCCGAAGCCGUGGCUUUCCCUCUGCGGUCCAGCUGGUCCAGUGCCGAGAGCCCAGGUCCCAGAGGUGUGGACUGGGCCAUCAGCCCAGCUGGCGGGGGCCGAACCUGCCUCUGGGUUGGUAGUGGGCCCAUGAGGAGGGGGAGCUGGGCUGAGGGCUGCCAGCAAGGCUGGCAGUACGUGGGCAGCGCUGUCGGGCCCAGCCCUGAGCCUGGUCCCUCCAUCAGCCCUGGGGGCAUUGGCACCUGUGCUCCAUCCAGUCCCUCCAUGUCUUAAUAAACUGCCACGACUUUCUGAAA